GGGACACAGGUCACUCAGUCUCACAUUAGGGACUGACACUACAGGGUUAAGGCGCAUGAGCAGCAGAUAUGUCUGGGCCCAAGAGCUGACAAUCGCCUCCACAUCCUCUAACAGCCCCCGGCUAGUCUUGCACGUGGUUCCAACUGACCAGUCCGACCCCAUUCCCAGCAGCCACAGCGCGGCCCAUUCCAUCCCCGCACCCGACAUAGAGAACAAUAGAUGCCCCGCCCACCCACUACUCUGCCCCGCCCACCGGCCGCUGCUGCUGCUGAUCCCGAACUGAUGAGACCGGAGCUGAGACCCAACCGCCGGGAAUCUGAGUCUGAGCCGCCGCCGCCGGGAGUUCUCUAGAUGACGGCGUGUGAGUUUCCAUGACAACAUGUCGGCUACUGACACCCUCCCACCUCUGGUGCCUCUGUCUCAGAAACCAACUCGUAUCAUUAAAGCCCGACCCCCCAACCGUCCUCCUCCUCAUCUUCCUCCCAAACCACCGCAGAAGCCCCCCCCUCCAGCUCCCAAAAAUCAUCCUCCCUUUGCAAAAAGUGACGUGGGGGGCCCCAGGAGUGACGUGUCGGGCCCCAGGAGUGACGUGACGGGCCCCAGGAGUGACGUGGGGGGCCCCAGGAGUGACGUGGGGGGCCCCAGGAGUGACGUGGGGGGCCCCAGGAGUGACGUGACGGGCCCCAGGAGUGACGUGACGGGCCACAGGAGUGACGUGGGGGGCCCCAGGAGUGACGUGAUGGGCCCCAGGAGUGGCCUCAGGAGUGACUUAGGCCCCAGGAGUGACGUGGGGGGCCCCAGGAGUGACGUGGGGGGCCCCAGGAGUGACGUGGGGGGCCCCAGGAGUGACGUGGGGGGCCCCAGGAGUGAUGUGGGGGGCCCCAGGAGUGACGCGAUGGGGGGCCUCAGGAGUGACUUAGGUCCCAGGAGUGACGUGGGAGGCCCCAGGACUGAUCUCUCAAACCCCAAAAACCAUUCUGUGAUUCCAGCCGCCAGAUCUGAUGUAGAAACCCCAGACAAUGUUGUGGAUAAUCGUCUCUUGCCGGGAGUCUGUGUGAAGAAGAUGGCUGGUCUCUUUCAGAAGGAGCCUGUAGGGGGAGCCAGUGAUGAUCCUCAGCCAUUGGGGCCCCCAAAGCCCACAGUGGGGCCCAGCAGGGAAGAGAAAGUGCUUCCCCAGAUGGAGGAGAAUACAAUGCAGGUGGCGGCUGAGCUGAUGGAAGAGGAGGAGCCCUGUCCCCCCCCUCUUCCCCCAAAGAACGUGCAAGACCCUGAUGUCCGGGCUACAAAGAUGGGGUCUUGCCCCCCACUCCCAGCAUGCCCAGCGAGGUGUCGUUGUGCCUGUCACCUGCAGAGACCAGGAAUGGUGUUGGUUUGGCUCCCAGAAUCCUUCAUUUUGAGGAGCCGCAAUCUCAGCGAGGCGUCGGACUCUUCAGACGAUGGGGGUGUGAUUCACAGAACGUUACCCGCCUCUGAGGGAGCUGAGGACAGAGGAAAGUGGGGUCCCUGGUCCUUGAAAAACAAGAUGGUGAGCGGGGGCACUUACUCCAGAAGGCGGAGGUCACUGAGAUCUAGUGAAUAUUUGAUGGAGGGCCCCAGGGUCAUGGAGGCCAAGCCUGGGGUUGUGUUGACUUCCUACAAGUCUACAAAUGACAGUAGUUUUGAGGGGGGCUCGGAUUCUUCCCCCCCAGACUCGGCUUCUAAGCUUAAUGGAGAAGCUACUGAGUCAGAACUGAGAUCCUUAAGCACAAACUCAGCUGAACAGUCAGAAACCAGCCACACUGACUCCGCCCCUCCACUGCCUCAGUCUGAAGCACCGCCCCUGAGGAGCCAUAGAUUUAGGGCAGAGUUCAGUGGGGAGUCAUUAGAGCUGCUGCCCCAGUGCAGUAACCCCCCCGCCCCCGAGGAUCUUGAUAGUGACCCCUCGGCCCUGAGAGACUCCACAGAGGACGUGAGUGCGGCGGAAUCAAGAGCCAAGGUGCGUAAGCCGGCUCGCAGGAGCAAAGUCCCCCCGUUGGCACUGCUGCCCGUUGAAGAAAAAACAGCCCUUGUACCCCCAAAAGUGCCCAGCAAACCCCCACGCUGGGCAGCGCCCCCUCCUCCUCCGUUUGUGCGCAAAGGCUCACUAAAGAGAUACUCGGCCGGCAACUCAGAGGAGGUGGAGCAACGAGAGGAGGAGUCGUCCAGCACUUUGGCCACCAUGUACCUACCAUCAGAGAACUGCCCCUCGGAGGGGCAAGAAAGCUGUGGUGCCGAUACAGCAGACUGCGCUCAUGAAAUCUAUCGUGGUGGCUCCAUCUUCAUGUCCCCCCCUGUGAGGAGCCCCAAAUCCAUAGACUGGGAGUCCCACCUGCGGGAUGAGCCGCUGUACCAGACGUACCGCCAGGCCGUUAUCAAGAAGGAGCUCAGGAGACAGACGGUUCCACGGAACAGCAGCUUCACCAGCUACGACUCCUCCCACGACAGCCCCCUCUCAUCCGGGGGGUCCCCAAAGCAGGGGCGCAGGUCGGCCGCAUCGCACAACACCCUGUGGCAGGAGCUGCCGGCAGUGAAGGAGAGCAGGGUGCUGGGGGACAUGAGCAACGAGGAGAAGAAGAUGCAGGAGAGUAUGUUUGAGGUGCUGACGUCGGAGGCCUCCUACCUGCGCUCCCUCAAUGUCCUCAUCGAACACUUCAUGGAGUCCCGCGAGCUGGACGACACCCUCAUUGUGCGCGAGAAGAAAAUCCUCUUCUCCAACGUCCUGAAGGUCAAAGAGGUCAGCGAGAGGUUCCUCAUGGACUUGGAGGAUCGAGUAGAAGAAAAUAUCAUCAUAACGGACGUCUGUGACAUCAUCUACCAACAUGCGUUGCAUCACUUCCCCGUGUAUAUAGACUAUGUGCGCAACCAGGUCUUCCAGGAGAAGACGUACAGCGAGCUCUUGGAGAAGAACCCCCAGUUUCAUGCCACUCUGUGCAGGUUACAGGAGCUGCCCCAGUGCCAACGCCUCCCCUUCAUGUCCUUCCUACUUCUGCCCUUCCAGAGAAUCACAAGGAUCAAGAUGCUCAUAGAGAAUAUACUGAAGAGAACAGAGGAGGCCUCCGAAAUGGAACAGAAUGCGACCAACGCCCUGGAUUCUGUGUCCAAGAUUAUCCAGGAGUGUAACCGGGAGGUGGGUCGCAUGAAACAGACCGAGGAGUUGAUCCACAUUGCCCAGAAGAUUGUGUUUGACAAGAUAAAGGCGGUUCCAAUAAUUUCCCAGAAUAGAUUCCUGGAGAAGCAGGGAGAGCUGAGUGAGGUGCUACAAAAGGGCAGCCUCUUUGGCAUCAAACCCACUAAAUUCACCCCCGUCUACUUCUUCCUGUUCAAUGACUUCCUACUGCUAACCCAGAAGAAGAGUUCAGACAAGUAUGUGGUUCUGGAUUAUGCCCAUCACUCUCUGGUUCAGGUACAAACUUCUCCCACUAUGGAGAACAGCUUCUUCCUUACGUUGCUGGAGAAUCACCAGGGCAAAAUGUGUGAACGUCUCUACAAGGCUUCAACACAGUCGGAUUUACAUCGCUGGGUGGCAGCUUUCCCAAAUCUAGCGGAUGAUUCCCUUUCUGGAAGUGACACAAUAUAUGAAGACUGGGACUGUCCCCAGGUCCAGUGUAUAGAACCUUAUACUGCCUCACAGGCCGAUGAGCUGAACUUGGAGCCUGUGGAUAUUAUUAAUGUGCUGAAGAAAACGUCAGAAGGUUGGUAUGAAGGAAUCCGACUCUCCGAUGGGAAGAAAGGUUGGUUCCCGUCGCUGUAUGUCCAGGAGAUCACUAAUGAGCAUGUGCGGAGGAGGAAUCUGCGUGAACGUCACCGGGUACUUCAGGCGGCCCGUCAGAUCCACAUCAAGCGCUUUGGGGAGCCCAGGAAGAAAACCAGCUCAGCGUGAUUGGCUCAGAGAUUAGGCGACCUGCCAUCCAAUCCUCUUCAUUCCGUGGAAGACUCACUGGCCAAGCCUCAGACCAGCCAAAGCUCUCGGGAGAGACCCCAAAGUCAUUUUGCCUGAAUAUUAGCAGACUGAAUAAUGGGAUCUGGGUGCCCUAAUGCAGUCUAUCCUUCUGGGCAUGGACUUGUAUGGAGACUACCACCUUCAUCAUACAAUCUCAGUUUGGGAGGGGGUCCCACCAGUUCUUUCAAUGCAGUUAAUUUAUAGACGUGUCUGGGUGCAGUAGCCGUGGCUAUUGGCUGCUGUGUAGCCAAUAAUGAAGCAUUAUGAGCCACAAGCUCAAUCUAUUCUCCUUCCUGUACAGAGAAAGAGAGAGGGACCAGACGAGGCCAGAAUUCUUCCCUGUGAUGCUCAGGAGACCUGGGACUCAUCCAUGGGACUUGCCACUAGUCACACUGUGUCUGCCAGUUCAUUGGCUGCUGAUCAUAUAAUGUAACAAUUGUGUAUUUCACUGAAUCCAGAAUGUGUUUUGUGCAAAUAUCUCUAUUAUAUAUAAAUGUAUAGACUGUGACCAGAGCACAAGCCAUUAUAUAUAUAUAUAUAUUCUCCCUAUAGCCCCUCUUGUUGUAUAUAGCCUGCCCUGAGCUGCUGAGUAGACCCCGUAUUGUCCCCAGAGCCCUACGUGACCCCAGCAGCCGUGUCAUUAUUCUUGUUGCAUUUCCCAGUGGUUAUUGGACGUUUUCGAUUUCCCCUUUAAGGAGCAACAUUUGUUAGGGGCCCUCCAGCACAAAUAUUAGCGAAUGAGCUGUUUUAGUUGCAGGAAUAUCUUGGGCAGGGCACAGGCAUUCUCUCCAUAUCUUACAAGUGAAGGAUUGUGGGAGUAAAUUAGGAAUGCACCAAAUCCAGGAUUCACUUUGGUAUUUGGCCUUUUUCAGCAGGAUUCAGAUUCGGCCGAAUCCUUCCGCCCGGCCAAACCGAAUCUACAUAUGCAAAUUAGGGGUGGGGAGGGAAAUCGCGUGACAAGGAAGUAAAAAAUGUUUUCCCUUCCCACCCCUAAUUUGCAUAUGCAAAUUUUGGGGGUUCAGCCGAAUCUAAAAUAGUGGAUGAAGUGCAUCCCUGGAGUAAAUAUGAGAGCAGAUAGGUGCUCACCCCAAAUCUCUUCCUGCCCCCCUUCCCCAAUACAUCUGAUCAGAGUCACAGUUUGGGUGUCACUGCCCCCCAGUACAAUCACUAUCCUGCCAAUCAUUUCACUGCACAGAUUAAAGGGGAAGUUUUAUUUAUCCUAUUGUAAAUGAAAUGGUGCAGUGAUGUGUCUGUUGCACUUUUAAUUAAAACAUCUUUUUUUA